AUUUGUUCAAAACACGCCAAUAUGCAAGUCUUUGCUCGACUUUUUCUAAGUCCCGAAUUAUUUUUGGGAAGGAAUAGCAUCAUAAUAGCUGUUCCCGGUACAACUGUGCCAUGAUACAACCUUAUUCUUAAUCCACCUUUCAUUUGUCGGUAUGCUGUUCCCGAUGGCUAUAAAGACACAGGCUGCGGAAUAAUCAAUGUUGGCCUCCUUUUCAUUCCCUCAAGAAACAAUUUCCAUCUGCUAUUUUCCUGGCUUGGUCUGAGGGUGAGGGCAAGGUUGAUGACAUAUUUGAUAUUGCACAAGAAGAAAGCAUGAAUGCAGGGUAUUGUUACAGAUUUUAUUCUGCUUCAUUGAAAUUCAGAACAAAGAUGUGACGCACUUCUAUGCAGCAAAUCCUCAGAGUGGUAAUCCGGUGAAUUGGGAACUGGAAAAAUGGACAAUGUACGCUGCACGUCGAUCUGUACUUGGACUGAGAAUUGGGUUGAAGAGGAAGACAUCACUACCAAUAUUCUCUCAAGGCUUCCUGUUAAGUCCCUUUUGAUAUGCAAGUCUGUCUCUAAACGCUGGCGGAGGUUGAUAUGCAGUCCUGAUUUUGUUCUGUCUCAGUUAAGGUGGUCCAGAGAAAACCCCAGUUUUAUAUUCUUUCUUCGUUACGAGAACGAGUUGAUAAAAAUUAGUGGAGAAGUUUUUGAAAGGAUCCCUCUUCCGUUUGGCCAAAGGCCAAACAAUUGUGAUAUGAUUUGUUCCUUCAAUGGCUUUAUCUGUUUGACUAACUAUAUUGGGUGGAACCACAAUAUCUUUAUCUGGAAUCCUGCCACUCAAGAAGUCCAGCUACUUCCCACAACCACUCUAUCUAAAAAGCCACCCAAAAUUGGAGUUGCUUAUGGACCUGGAACAUAUAAACUAUUUCGGAUUUUCUAUCCAGCAAGCAAAUCUCAACCUGGGUAUUGUGAAUGUGAGGCAUAUUCAUCAAUCACUAGAUCCUGGAAAGGCAUAGGAAGGGUUACAUAUUGGCCCAUGAGUUCAAAACAUGUAUCAAUUAAUGAAACAGUGUACUGGUUCAUCAGUGCAGAAAAAGAUAGAACAGUAGCUGGAUCCAUCCUUGCAGUUGAUUUGGAGGAGAAUUUUAGAAAAAUUAGCCUUCCAGAGGAAGUCUCAAGAAACUUGUCUCUGGUUGAUCUUGAAGGUUGCUUAUCUCUGAUAUCUAUACAUGUUGAAGCUAAUAGGUUUGAUCUUUGGGUUUUACAGGACUACAAAAAUGAGGCAAUUUGGUUCAGGAAAUGCAGUGAAGAUAUGCCCAUCUUAGAAAUUGGAUAUGUUUUCUCAGUUGUGGCACAAAAGAAUGAAAUCUUGUUCAUGCUUGUGGAAAGGUAUUUCGUCUAUAAUAUCGGCAGCAGGACUUGGAGGGAACUUGACUGGGGUGAUGUUUUGAGGAGGAAGUAUCCCACUGCAUUUGCAUUCACAGAAAGCCUCCUCCCUUGUACAGGAACCAUUGGUAUAUAGAACUUUAGGAAGGCAUGCAGGUCUCCAUAUGGUUGAGGACAGAGAAAUUAUUAUUGGAGUUCUUGACUACUCAAUGCCAACCCAUCUUCCCUCUUGUUGGUAGAAAAAUAAGGCUGAUGGAGAAAUCAAAAUUGAUCACUUUCUUCCACCAUUAAAGAGACAAAUGGCAUCUGAUGUUUUCUAUGCUUGGCCCUAUUAAUAUAAUGGAGGACAUGACAAUCGCUAGCUGUGUUAUAGCUGUUAAAAAUUUCCUUUUCUUUUUGCACCCUUCACUAAUCUUGGUUAAUUAAAGAUUGAUUAUGCUUUA